CAUGGCUGCAGAAACAACCAACCAAAGCGCCAUCCAGAGUACUCGUACAGUAGAGUAGCGCCAAUGUGGUACCAAAUUGGCGAGCUGAGCGAUAAAUCGGGGCACCCACGAACCUGCUUCAAGUGCUCCGACUGUACUCGUACAUAUCCUCCCCACAGACGAAUCAAUGGGAAGCGCUAUUAAGAAUUGGACCCCUUUACCGCAUUGGCAAGUCCCGACUUUCCCCUCCACGGCAUGCUCCGUCUUGGUAUUGUGAAAAAAGCAAAAGCGGCGGUGUCAGACAUGUGGACCCUUUGAUAAGUUAAGGAGGUGGGAAGAUGCAAACCCCCAUUCGAACCAUAGCAUUUCGGAAGAGUCGGUUUCAUUCCUUCCCUCCCCUCCCCCGCUGUGCUCCGCCAACCCGAAGAUCACAGGAAUCACUAAGGCCAGAUCAGAAAAGUGCAGAACCCUGGAGACAUUCGACGAACUCACCAUCAGCCGCUUUCUCCGCAAUUCAGGCGUCCCUUGCUCUCCAUCGUGCGCUUUUACACAGGUGAACAAAGCGUUUGGGGUAUAUCAUAUCAUCGGACUUUUUCCCUUUUCUUUUUUUUCCUUUUAGUCUUUACUUCUCCUCUACCUCUCCUUCCUCCCCUCCCCGCACACGAUACAAGUAACCGUACAACUGAUCUCAAAUGUCAUCUUCGAAACAACGGCUUAUCAUUGGAUUGGACUACGGUACCACCUACACGGGUAUGAGUUGCAGUCCACUGAACCCAAGGGCCUAAUCCGGAGGUUUUCUUGCUAAUGAAAUGAUAUCGAGUAGGAGUCGCCUUCUGUGACAGCAGUGGCGGCGGGAGCAUCGAGGGCAUUCAAUUAAUCCACAACUGGCCCGGCAAGAGUCAAAAUGCUACAAACGAGAAAGUCCCCAGUCAAGUGGCUUACGGCUCAUUUGCAGAGGGUCGGACGUUUGAAUGGGGAAAUCGCAUUCCGCCCAGAGCAGAGCGCCAAGUGUGGACGAAGCUCCAACUCGACGAGGGCCAAAAGAGGGAGGAGCUGAAAAUGCUCCUAGCUCUCCUCUCCGGGAACCUGGAGAAUAUGAGCAUCGGGGGCGAUGGUGAGGACGACGACAAUCCACCCUUGUACCCAGGAAAACAACCCCAAGACAUCGUUGCGGAUUUCCUCACGGGCGUCAAUGAGCAUGUCGUCCAAACCUUGAUCAAGCAGUUUUCUCACCGUUUGCUCAGUACUCUACAGAUCGAGAUCGUCAUCACAGUUCCGGCCGUAUGGUCCGAUCGCGCAAAGGAUUUGACUUUUCAGGCAGUUGGCAAGGCCGGUUUGGGAGAGUUCAAGUACACCACUUCUAUGAUUGCUGAGCCCGAGGCUGCCGCCAUAUACACCCUGAAGUCUUUGAAGGGUGGUGCUUCCGGCGACGAUAUUCAGGUCGGCGAUCAUUUCGUACUAUGCGAUGCCGGUGGAGGUACCGUUGUGAGUGAACCCGGCAGGGAUGUGAAAAGCCUAAGGCCAACGCUAAUUCGCAUCAGGAUCUUAUUUCAUAUCGCGUAUCAAGCGUCUCCCCAUCUUUCAAGGUCCAUGAAGCAGCAGUGGGAACCGGUGACAAGUGUGGCGCAACCUUCGUGGAUCGCAACUUUAAGGAAUGGCUGAAGGGAAAACUUGGGGAGGCAAACUACAAAAGGAUCCCGAAAGAGAAGAUCAUGAUUGGAAGCAAAUUGAUGAAAGAAUUCGAGGAUGCAAAGACAAGUUUCUCCGGAGAUGGUCCCGAGGGUUUAAUCACAGUACCCAGCGAAGUGGGCAUCACGGAAGACGCUUCGCGUGGGAUCGAAGACGGAGAAAUCUUGGUCACAGCGUGAGUUUAUCACUACCUCUGAGCCGUGGGCCAGUACGCUAAUUAGGAGAAGCGCGGAUUUUCAAGAAAUUUUCGACCCAUGCAUUAACCGAACACUAGAAUUGAUUGAUGGUCAGAUCGCUGCGGUGCAGUCCAAAGGCUCACGAGUAAAGGUAUUUCCUCUCAUCGUGCAUCCGAUGUAGUCACUAAACAUCCACCAAAUAGUACGUCUUUUUGGUUGGUGGCUUUGGAAAAUCGGAGUACAUGUUCAAGAAGGUCCAGGAAUACUGCGUUGCACGUGGUCUUGAGACUCGGAGACCACCAUUCCCGUAAAACACCCCAGCUCCUGGAGUAAGUUCGAUAGGCUAACCCACUGCCACAGUUGGUCAGCGGUUGUCCGUGGAGCGGUUGCCCGUGGAUUGGAAGGUGAAGGAUCAGGUCUUGUGCAGCUCAGGAUGUGUCGACGACACUACGGAACACCAGUAUCAGAGCACUUUGACGAGAAUAAGCACAUCGCGCAAGAUAUGUACACCGACGAUCUCACCGGCGAGAAAUUCGCAAAAGGUGCACAACCCUCAUUCCCGCUCCCGAUACGGUAAAGCUAACAAAGCAGGCCAAAUGCAUUGGCUCCUGACAAAGGGCGAGGGCCUCUCCGCGACGACCCCCAAGCGUGUCUCCAUAGAAUGCUGUAGAACCUUCCGCCCGACGGACUCGAGAGUCUUUAGCGCAAAGCUGGUGGCAUGCAACGACGAUUUUGCUCCUCGCAGAUAUUUCGAAAACAGUAGUUCCCCCCCCCCCCCCUCCCAAGAAUUCCCGUUAUGCAAAGCACGUGCUGAAAGCUCGACAACAGGUGUAUACAAUGUCUGCACCCUCCACGCCGACAUAAGUACCGUUCCCGAGAGCAAAUUCCACCAGGCGAGAAGGGGCUUGGGCGGGGAUAUGUUCUACAUUGCAGAGUUCAAGAUCGAGAUAAUCGCGCAUGGGGCCAACCUGAAGUUCUUCCUGACAUUUGAGGGGCAGGAAUAUGGAUCUGUUAGUGCGAAUUACGACCCUUAG